AUGUCCGUAGUUCGAGGCAACAUCAAUCUCAGAUUGAUAACGAGUCUGCAGGGGCCUAAAGGGAUAAAUCAAGGCAUUUUAGUCCGCAUUGUUGGCCCUUCUGCGACCUAUGGUAGGGUAGAAGUCAGAAACAACGAGACAGCAUCAUGGGGGACAGUGUGUUCCGAUUAUUGGGGGAACAAGGAUGCUACUGUCACCUGUCGGAUGCUGGGAUACCGCUGGGGGAGGGCCCUAACAUACUACGGCGGCGGGAGCGGCAUGAUCUACAUGGACAACGUUGAGUGUACCGGCAAUGAGAACACGCUCGCCACAUGUCGGUACUCAGGCUGGGCCAAUCACAACUGCGGUGGCCAUUACAAAGAUGCAGGGGUGUCUUGCUCCAACGAUAACUUCCGUUUGGUUGGCAACGAAUUGGUCAGCUCGUACAGAAUACCUUCAACAUCGUAUGGUGCUGUUCAGUAUCGACAUACUACUGGCUGGAAGCCUGUGUGCGACUCUGGCUGGGGCGACAACGAUGCCAAGGUGUUGUGCAGGUCCCUGGGUUACCGAGAUGGUUCAGCAUUGUCUGGCAGUAAACUUAGCCCCUACACCUAUAACCCACGUCUGUACACUCUCCGCUCAAGAACCAACUUUAACUGCUCUGGGAUUGAAGCUAACAUCUUCAACUGUACAAACCAGCAGCGUAACAGAGACUGCAGUUCUAAGAGAUUUGCGUCAGCUAUCUGCUACUCUCAACCCAAGGGUGAAGUUGAGAUGGGAUUCAGUCUUCGCCUUGUAAAUGGCACAGGCGUAUCAGGUCAAGUUAUAGUUACAUAUCUCGGGGUAACGGGCAAGAUUUGUGCCAACAACUGGAACGUCAACGCCUCCAACGUUGUGUGCAAGCAGCUUGGCUUCAGAGGCGGUGUCACCUACGGCACCACGUACACAAGGUCUGACCUACCAGUGUGGAUCACAUCCGUGAACUGUACCGGCCAGGAGACGAGCCUGGACCAGUGUGUGUCCUCCGUCUGGGGUGUUCCAAAGAGAUACUGUUAUCCCGCCAAUGUCCUGUGUUACACAAGCAGUCCCCCACAACUCAGCCUAGCUGGCGGAGAUUCAACCCACGGCCGGGUGCAAAUCACAGUAGACGGAGAGACAGGCACCGUCUGUGACAACAGCUUCUCCAACGGGGAUGCAAGGGUGGUCUGUAAAACGUUAGGCUUCAGGGACGGGAACUACCUGAAAGCGUCCUACUACGGGGCUGGGAGCGGCCCUAUCUUUAUGGAUAGAUUAUAUUGUUCGGGAUAUGAACGAACGCUGUGGUCCUGUCGUAACAGAGGCUGGAGGAACCCUGCAUCAACCUGCCUUGACCACUCGAAAGACGCUUCGGUCACCUGCUUCAACGAAGUGAGAUUAUACAGAGGAGAUCACAGUCAUGGUGCCGUUCAACUCUGGAACCAGGUGGGAAGAUACUCCCGGUGGCAGCCGCUUUGUGGAACUGGCUUUGAUGACUCUGCUGCAAAAGUCGUCUGUCGAGAGCUGGGAUUCCAGAAUGGUCGAGCCUUACCAAGGGGAUCUUACGGCACCUACUACUCCUCCUACUACUUAGGCAGCAACAUCACCUGCACUGGUAACGAGGCAUCGAUCAUGAACUGCACGUUAGGGAGUGGGACCUGCAGUCGACAGGGCUACACCGGAUAUGCGUCAGUUUCCUGCUACAACGGCACUAUCAGCACCACUUCUUCUAUCAAGCUCUCUGACGGACCCGACGGGUAUAAGGAUGUCAGUGGGCAUGUCGCAGUUACCAAGUCUGGAAUUUCCGGGAGAAUCUGCGAGGUGAAUUGGGAUGACACAGACGCGGGUGUCGUCUGCCGCCAACUGGGUAUGACAGGUGGAGUCAGCUAUCAGUUCAACACACGAGCUUUUGGACCGUUCCUUUUGUCCGAGGUGAACUGCGCCGGCAACGAGACCUCUCUGUUUAACUGUCCCACCGGAAGUGAGGUCUGCACGUCUCAGACUUACUCUAACCUCGAUGCAGGAGUAUUGUGUUACAGAAACAACCCAAUCCGAGUAGAACUGGUUGGAGGAACUGCGAUGUCAGGGAGGGUAGAAAUCAUCUACAACGGCGUGCGAGGCACCGUGUGUAGCCGUUAUCGGUCUUCAAACCUCGCAAAAGCUGUGUGUAGACAACUAGGUUUCAAAGACGGCAUUACGUCAAGCUCCUUUGGCCCUGGAAGCGGACAGGUGUUCCUCUCCAACCCCUACUGUUACGGGUACGAGACAAGCGUCUUCCAGUGUCCCAAUUAUGGGUUGGGUGUCCAAACGACUUCCUGUCAGAGUCACAACUACGAUAUUGGAGUCCAGUGUUACGGAAAUGUGAAACUUGUACAAGGAACUACAAACACAAAUGCAUCCACUGGCAUUGUGCAGUUCUUCAAAGACAACACUUGGCGCAUCAUCUGCGGCAGCGGCUUUGACAACUACGACGCGGCUGUCGUGUGUAGGGAACUUGGGUAUCCUUACGGCUUUUCACCCAAGGGGACGUUUGGGGCGCGAUAUUAUUCCUCUGCCAUCAGCUACGUAAACUGUACCGGCUCAGAGAGCACAGUCGCCGACUGCGGCUUCAGAGUGGGCGGCUGCAUCAACUACUACCCUUACAACAAUUACGCCAGCGUCAUCUGCUCUAAGCAACCUAUAACCAACGACUUUGAGGUGAUCCUUGACACAACCUUCCCCUCGAUGGUCAGGGUUCGGAAGAUGGGCCUGAAUGCCACUGUGUGCAAUAGCGGAUGGGGAGACGAGGAAGCUAGGGUGGUGUGCAGGUCUAAGGGAUACGUGUCGGGUGUGGCGUUUGGCGCCGUGGGCUACGCUUACAACAGCCCUCCCCGUUUGUUGUUGACUAACUGCAUCGGCAACGAGACGAGGCUUCAGGACUGCGCCGUUUCUACAAACCUUCCGUCUUCCUGCAGUUCGUCAUAUUCAAAGGCAGCAUACGUCUAUUGCUACAACGACAAUACAGGGGUGAACCUCCGCCUUAUAAAAAACGGCCAAAUAUCCAACAAUGCUGGGCGCGUCGAGGUCCAGAUCGGCGGUGUGUGGGGCAGCGUCUGUGGUUACAGCCUCAGCUCCGGCAGCGCACGCGUCAUAUGUAAGACCUUAGGCUACCCCGACGGCUCAAGUCGGAGCACCAGCACAUACGGCAGAGGGACUGGGCCGGUAUGGUUGUACUAUCCGUCCUGCUCAGGUACAGAGAAGGCGCUAUGGAACUGUCGAUCUAGUGGGUUCAACGUUACCAACAGGUACCCCUGCAGCGGGCAUCGAUACGACGUUGGUGUGCAGUGUUCUGGUCUAGUUCGCCUCAAACCAAACAGGCAGUAUGGCGCUGUUCAGGUGUACGACGGCACCAGCAGCUACCAGACAGUGUGUGCAGACAACUUCAACGACAUCGACGCCAAGGUUGUGUGCAACGAGAUUGGCUACCAGUACGGCGUCAGUGUCGGUGCCUCAGCCUUCGGCAGGCAGUCGUAUGGUAUUGGCUUCACGAACGUCCGCUGUACCGGCCGCGAGACUCGCUUCAGAGACUGCCCCCAUGCCAUCAGCAUGACCUACUGCCCCAGUAGGAAGUACGCCUCGGCGGCCUGCUCCAACACCAACCCUCGGUCAGGAUACACCAUGACCAUACAAAGCACGUACCAGGGCCGCAUCACGAUCCGUCACAUGGGCAUCAAUGGCUACAUUUGCCCCGACGGGUUCGACGACAGAGAGGCCAUGGUGAUUUGCCGAGAAAAGGGAUUCACCGGCGGCUUUGCUUACACCUACUACCACCGAUACUACUCCUUCUACUCUAGUUCAACAAUGAGAUGGUUAUCUAAUAUCAACUGUGACGGCACAGAAACCUACCUCUCCAACUGUGCUGGUGUUAGGUUCGGCGACACUGCUAACUGUUCUUCCAGCGGGGACGCGGCUGUCUACUGCUACCAAACUAGUGGUCUCCAGGUGCGCCUAGGAAAUAAGACAGGGUCUGCAGGUCGGGUCGAGCUGAGCGUGGACGGGUCCUGGGGUACCAUGUGCACAUUAUACUCCGGAACAUACUACACAGACAAGAACGCCGAUGUUAUCUGCCGCAUGCUCAACUACACAACAGGUCGUCACAUGGGUCUGGGGUCAUUUGGCCCCGGCAGUGGUCCUGUCUAUCUUAGCCGUCUGUACUGCCAAGGAACGGAAAGAUCUAUCUCACAGUGUACGUCUUUGUGGAGGCAGAGCUACUAUGGCUGUUCUAACCACCAGAAGGAUAACGAUGUCAUGUGUUAUGACAACGUCCGUCUUAUGGGAGCCGCCACCGUCAACUACGGCCGUGUCGAAGUGUACAGGAACAACCAAUGGUCCGCCGUCUGUGACCACAACUUCGACAAUGCAGCUGCCCGCGUUGUUUGCAGGAAACUAGGCUACGCUGACGGCAAGGCUCAGUGCUGCAACGCAGUCGGGAAUGUCGACGCCUCCACCAUCACCGUCACCGUCAACGGUUGCACUGGCUCUGAAUCAGACCUCCUCAGCUGUAACCUUGCGUUUGGCAGCUGCACUACCGGCAAAUACGCCACCGUCUACUGCUCCUACAACGGCAUACACGCUAACGAUUUGGCUGUCCGUCUUCGAGAUAGUUCCAAGGACUAUGGCUCCAUUGAGGUUAAUCGGUAUGGAUUCUGGGGACCUGUUUGCAACGUUGGCUGGAACAACAAAGACGCCGAUGUUGCAUGCCGUUCCAUGGGAUUUGUUGGUGGCGUUACCUUCAGGAAGUUCAACUGUCAAGGUCGAGAGGGUAAUUUGACCAGCUGUUCCUACAGUGACCUUGACGACAAAGUUGACCUCGGUUGCAACUCUCAGGCGAGAAGCUAUAGACAGACCGCUGGAGUCCUCUGCUAUACAACUGAAAACGGCGCCUCUGUGAGGUUGGCUGAUGGAGGGUCGAACUACGGUCGUGUUGAGAUCAACUACAAUGGCGUUUAUGGGCGUGUAUGCGGUUGGUCCUGGAGCGACGUGGACGCUAAGGUCGUCUGCCGUCAACUUGGGUUUAAGGAUGGGAGUUCGAGACCAGUAGACAGAAACAACAACACUAAAGUGUGGAUGAACUAUGUGAGAUGCAGCGGUUCAGAAGCAUCUUUGUUUGACUGCCCCAGUUAUUGGAACUACAGAUGGGGAUGUACUAGGGACGCCGGAGUCGUCUGCUAUAACACAAUCCGACUGACGCGCGGCAACCAGAUCUCCAUGGGUGCGGUCGAGGUGUACUACAACACGAACUGGGGCAGCGUCUGCAGCAAUGGGUGGAGCGACACUGAUGUUUCCGUGGCCUGCAAGGAGCUUGGGUAUCAGAAUGGCUUCAACCUGUGCUGUGGAGUGUACGGGAGUCGGUCCUAUACCGUGGUGGACAAUGUUCAAUGUGGAGGAAGCGAGGCGAGGCUGAUUGACUGCCACCCCGACGCCUCUCAUACCAGAUACUGCAGCGGAGCUGAUGCUUCCGUGGCCUGCUACAACGGCACUGCCGCUACCACCUUCACGUGGUCGCUGGCUGACGGCAACAACUACACUGGCGAGGUGAACGUCAACUACAUGAACAUGGUGGGUCGUAUCUGCACUGAUGACUGGGACGACAAGGACGCCACCGUGGCGUGUAAAGAACUGGGGUUCACCAAGGGCAAGGCCUACACCCACUACAAAUACUCCUACAACGCCGACAACGGCCCCUUCUGGACGUCUAAGAUGAACUGCGCCGGCACAGAGAGCCGUCUAUCAGAUUGCUCCCGAACACAGCUGGGUCAAGUGGCGUCUUGUCAGAACUCCCACUCUGCUGGCGUGCUGUGCGGAGACAAUGUUGGUAUUUACUACAGUCUCUCCGGGGGAGGCCCUGAGAACGCAGGUCGAGUGGAAGUGUCUGUCAAUGGCGUGUUGGGUUCAGUAUGCCGCUCCUACUUCGACAGGAGGGAGGCUAUGGUCAUGUGUAGAAGUCUUGGCUAUAAUACGGGCGUGGUUGACUACUACACCAAGUACCCCAACGCCACCGGUCCCGUGUACGAGAGUAGAUUCCAGUGUACAGGCAACGAGGGAUCACUGUCCGAGUGCCCACAUCAGGGGUGGAAGGUAGCCACCAGUAGAUACUGCUUGAACCACAACUACGACGCUGCCAUCACCUGCUACGGAGACGUCAAACUGGCUUCUGGAUUCUCCCCGGACAUCAAGCAAGGCCCUGUUCAGGUGUGGAAGAACAACACUUGGCACUACGUGUGCGACACCAACUUCGAUGACCUGACCGCUAAGACUGUGUGUAGAAGUCUUGGCUUUGUUGAUGGGAAGGCCUUGUGCUGUUCGGCCUAUGGAUCGAAAUACGUCAGGUACUCCUACUACGGCAACGGCCUCGGCAGCUUCCUACCCAACACGACGAUGAAUUGUGACGGCACCCAGUCUGAUCCGAUGACGUGCCUCGCACCCGGCACCUGCUCCCAGGACUAUGCAUCUGUCGUCUGCUUCAACACCUCAGACAGAGUCGAAGAAACCUACACGCUGGGAUUUGACGACUCCACGUCGGACAGUGGUCAGAUCGCCGUGCAGCACUAUGACGUGAAAGGCAGGAUUUGCAACACUUUCUGGACCGACACGGAGGCCACGGUCUUCUGUAAAGGCCUGCACUACGACAACGGUAUUGCCUACCACCACUCUGUCAAAUACAACUAUCAACCCCUCCGAUCACGUGGUCCCUUCUGGCUCAGCGCCGUGAACUGCACCGGAAGUGAAACAUCCUUGACAGACUGCGCCUACAGCGACAGGAUGAGUCUUGGGAACUGCAGCUCCGCCGACAUCGCUUCAGCUAUCUGCUUCAACGGCGACAAAAGUAUCCAGUACCGCAUGGUGGCGCCCGAUGGUACACAGCAGAACUACGGUCGGGUGGAGAUGUCUGUGGGCAAUGUUUGGGGAACAGUCUGCGACAGGUACUUUGACAACCGCGAGGCCGGCGUCUUCUGUCGGCAGAUGGGAUACAAGGACGGCUACGCCAUCCCAAACGCCUUCUACGGCCAGGGAAGUGGUCCCAUGUGGCUGAGCGGCCUCCAGUGUGUCGGCACCGAACCCAGUCUUCACAGCUGCCCCCACUCUGGCUACAACAGCGAGGUCGUCUCCGGCUUCAGCUUCUGGUCGUGCCAGAGUCAUCGCGAUGACGUCUCCGUCUUCUGUGUCGACAAUGUGAAGCUCAACACUGGCCUCAACUCCUCCAUGGGCGCUGUAGAGGUGUACGCCAACAACAAAUGGAACGCCGUGUGCGACAGCGGCUUUGACCAGAACGCCGCUCGAGUGGUCUGUAGAACAAUGGGCUUCAACUUUGGCAUAAAUAUUGGUGGUUCUCUGUUCGGCAUUACCGACGGGCCGAUCGCCAUUAGCCAGGUGACGUGCAAUGGUCGGGAGGCCAACUUCAAACAGUGUUCAACAACAUCAUCAACAGCCUGCAAAAGUGGCACCUACGCCUCUGUGGUGUGUUCCAGCGACCCCAUAACUGAUACAGGUUUCCUUCCUCGGCUCGUUGCUGACGACGUAGUUGACGACACCCACGGGUUUCUGGAAGUAAGAAUCAACGGCAUCUGGGGCAGCGUCUGCGGCUCCGGCUUCGACGACCGUGCAGCUAACAUCGCCUGUAAACAGUUGAACUUCAAAGGUGGCGUUGCCUACACGCCCGCCAUAUACAACCCCUUCCACAGUACAGGUCAGCAUAUCAUCAGCGAGAAACGCCCCAUUUUGAUGACAGACGUGGUCUGCAAUGGCAAUGAGGACAGUCUGGCAAAGUGUGCCUACAAGUCACGCAGCACCACCAAGUGGUGUGACUACUACGCCCCGAGAGCUGGACUGCUGUGUUACAGGAACUCAGGAAUACAGUAUCGCUUGGUGAGCGGUGCAGGUGACAGUCCUCUGCAAGGCCGUAUUGAAAUGAAGUAUGACAACCAAUGGGGCACCAUCUGUGACGCGUCCGUCUCCUCCAACACCGCCAAGGUGGCCUGCAAGAGUCUCGGCCACGUGGAUGGACUCCCAGUGUCCAGUGCCGGCUACAAAGUCGCCAAUGACAACAGGCCGAUAUGGUUCCAUUACUUUAAAUGCUAUGGAAAUGAGACUACUCUCCCUACCUGCAUGAACGACGGCUUCGAUUCGUCCCUGUCAUCCUACAGCUACUGGUGGUCGUAUUACUGUAAAAACAUUGGACCGUCAUCCGCCAAGUGCUACAACAAGGAGAUCAAGGUAACAAAAGUACGUCUUGUUGACGGCCCAACCAACAACACUGGGAGGGUGGAAGUAUUCCUUCAGGGACCAGACAAAUGGGGCACCGUCUGUGACGACUUAUGGGAUGACAGAGACGCCACCGUUGCCUGCAUGAUGUUUGGAUAUGCCAAGGGCAAGGCCAUAACCAAAGCCCUUUACGGCCAGGGUAAGGGGCCGAUCUGGAUGGACAAUCUUGGCUGCAGGGGGAAUGAAUCUCACCUACAGGACUGUCCAUUUAAUGGUUUUGCGAUACAGAACUGUCUCCACACGGAGGAUGCCGGUGUAGAGUGUUCAGGAGUUCUCCCAACGACUCCAAGCGUUCCCACGGGAGGUCCAGUUACUCAGAAAAUCUCCAACAACUCGGCCCCAGCAGCCGCCAUUGCCGCCCCUAUCGUCUGCGCUCUGGUCAUCGCCGCUGCCGUCUGUGGCUUCCUGUACUACAGACGCCAGUACAAAAACAAGGACACCCUGACCAAGGGACUUGUGCCUGACAUCCCAGCCAGUACCUCGAGGGGGGGAUUCGGAGUGUCACUCGGGGGAGCCUCCGCCUUCUUUUCCAAGUCUACUAAUAAUGGAGAUGUAUCUGGAGUGAGCAAUCCCAAUUAUGACAAUGUUUCACCUAUCGAGGCUUCCAUUUCACAUGUCGACGACGAUGCAGCAAUAUUAGUCCGCCUUGUUGGCAGUUCUGCGACCUAUGGUAGGGUAGAAGUCAGAAACAACGCGACAGCGCCCUGGGGAACAGUGUGUUCCGAUGCCUGGGGGAACAAGGAUGCUACUGUCACCUGUCGGAUGCUGGGAUACCGCUGGGGAACGGCUUUUCCGUACUACGGCGGUGGCAACGGCAUGAUCUACAUGGACAACGUGGAGUGUACCGGCAAUGAGAACACGCUCGCCUCAUGUCGGUAUGCUGGGUGGACGAUACACAACUGUCAGCAUUAUGAAGAUGCAGGGGUUUCUUGCUCCAACGAUAACUUCCGCUUGGUUGGUACCGUGCAAGCAUCGCAGCCACGACGUCCUUCAACAUCGUAUGGUGCUGUUCAGUAUCGAGAUCCUACUGGCUGGAAGCCUGUGUGCGACUCUGGCUGGGGCAACAACGAUGCCAAGGUGUUGUGCAGGUCCCUGGGCUAUCAGGACGGGUCAGGACUGUGUUGUAGUAAACUCAGCCCCUACACCCGCAAUCCAACUCUGUACACAAGGCGCUCAAGGAGAAACUUUAACUGUGCCGGAACCGAAGCUAACAUCUUCAACUGCACAAACCAGCUCCGUUCCUCUGACUGCAGCUACAGACGACUUGCAUCAGCUAUCUGCUACUCACAAUCCAAGAGUCAGGUUGAGAUGGGAUUCAGCCUUCGCCUUGUAAAUGGCACAGAUAUGGCAGGUCAAGUUGAAGUUACAAAUCUCGGGGUAGCGGGUAAGAUUUGUGCCAACAACUGGAACGUCAACGCCUCCAACGUUGUGUGCAAGCAGCUUGGCUUCAGAGGCGGUGUGACCUACGGCACCACGAACACAAGGACUGACCUACCGGUGUGGAUCACAUCCGUCAACUGUACCGGCCAGGAGACGAGCCUGGACCAGUGUGUGUCCUCCGUCUGGGGCGUACCAAAGGGAUACUGUUAUCCCGCCAAUGUCCUCUGUUACAGGAACGGUCCCCCACAACUCAGCCUCGCUGGCGGAGAUUCAACCCACGGCCGGGUGCAAAUCACAAUAGACGGAGAGACAGGCACCGUCUGUGACAACAGCUUCUCCAACGGGGACGCAAGGGUGGUCUGUAAAACGUUAGGCUUCAGGGACGGGAACUACCUGAAAGGGUCCUACUACGGGCCUGGGAGUGGCCCCAUCUUUAUGGAUAGAUUGUACUGCUCGGGAUAUGAACGAACGCUGUGGUCAUGUCGUAACGGAGGCUGGAAGAACGCCGCUCCAUCCUGCGGAAACCACUCGAAAGACGCUUCGGUCACCUGCUUCAAUGAAAUACAGCUGCAUGGAGGCGACCACGGCCACGGGAUAGUGCUGGUAUGGAGCCAGGCUCGUUAUGGAAGCUACUCGAACUGGCAGCCGCUUUGUGGAACUGGCUUUGAUGACGCUGCUGCAAAGGUCGUCUGUCGAGAGCUGGGAUUCCAGAAUGGUCGAGCCUUACCAAGGGGAUCUUACGACACCUACUACUCCUACUACUUAGGCAGCAACAUCACCUGCACUGGUAACGAGGCAUCGAUCAUGAACUGCACGUUAGGGAGUGGGACCUGCAGUCGACAGGGCUACACCGGAUAUGCGUCAGUUUCCUGCUACAACGGCACUAUCAGCACCACUUCUUCUAUCAAGCUCUCUGACGGACCUGACGGGUAUAAGGAUGUGAACGGGCAUGUCGCAGUUACCAAGUCUGGUAUUUCCGGGAGAAUCUGCGAGGUGAAUUGGGAUGACACAGACGCGGGUGUCGUCUGCCGCCAACUCGGUAUGACAGGUGGAGUCAGCUAUCAGUUCAACACACGAGCUUUUGGACCGUUCCUUUUGUCCGAGGUGAACUGCUUCGGCAACGAGACCUCUCUGUUCAACUGUUCCACCGGAACAAUCCGAGUGGAGCUGGUUGGAGGAACUGCGAUGUCAGGGAGGGUAGAAAUCAUCUACAACGGCGUGCGAGGCACCGUGUGCAACAGUUACCGUUAUACAAGCGCUCCAAAAGCUGUGUGUAAACAACUGGGGUACAAUGACGGCACUUCCUCCAGUUCGUUUGGCCCUGGAAGUGGACAGGUGUUCCUCUCCAACCCCUACUGUUUCGGGUAUGAAACAAGCGUCUUCCAGUGCAGCAAUGGCGGGUUUGGAGUCUCCGCGCCUGAUUGCCAGAAUCACGCCAACGAUCUAGGAGUCCAGUGUUACGGAAAUGUGAAACUUGUACAAGGAACUACAAACGUAAAUGCAUCGACUGGCAUUGUGCAGUUCUUCAAAGACAACUCUUGGCGCAUCAUCUGCGGCAGCGGCUUUGACAACUACGAUGCGGCUGUCGUGUGUAGGGAACUUGGGUAUCCUUACGGCUUUUCACUUCCCAGGGGGGCGUUUGGGGCGCGAUAUUAUUCCUCCGCCAUCAGCUACGUAAACUGUACCGGCUCAGAGAGCACAGUCGCCGACUGCGGCUUCAGAGUGGGCGGCUGCAUCAACUACUACCCUUACAACAAUUACGCCAGCGUCAUCUGCUCUAAGCAACCUGUAACCAACGAUUUUGACGUAGUCCUUGGCACAACGUUCCCAACUAUGGUUAGGAUUCAGAAGAUGGGAAUAACAGCCACUGUGUGCAAUAGCGGAUGGGGAGACGAGGAAGCUAGGGUGGUGUGCAGAUCUAACGGAUACGUGUCGGGCGUGGCGUUUGGCGCCGUGGGUUACGCUUACAACACCCCUCCCAGUUUGUUGCAAACUAACUGCAUCGGCAACGAGACGAGGCUUCAGGACUGCGCCGUUUCUACAAACCUUCCGUCUUCCUGCACUUCGUCAUAUUCAAAUGCUGCGGCAUACGUCUACUGCUACAACGACAAUACAGGGGUGAACCUCCGUCUUAUGAACAACGGCCAAAUAUCCAACAGUGCUGGACGCGUCGAGGUCCAGAUUGGCGGUGUGUGGGGCAGCGUCUGUGGUUACAGCCUCAGCUCCGGCAGCGCACGCGUCAUAUGUAAGACCUUAGGCUACCCCGACGGCUCAAGUCAGAGCACCAGCACAUACGGCAGAGGGACUGGGCCGGUGUGGUUGUACUCUCCGUCCUGCUCAGGUACAGAGAAGGCGCUAUGGAACUGCCGAUCUAGUGGGUUCAACGUUACCAACAGGUACCCCUGCAGCGGGCAUCGAUACGACGUUGGUGUGCAGUGUUCUGGUCUAAUUCGCCUCAAACCAAACAGGCAGUAUGGCGCUGUUCAGGUGUACGACGGCACCAGCAGCUACCAGACAGUGUGUGCUGACAACUUCAACGACAUCGACGCCAAGGUUGUGUGCAACGAGAUUGGCUACCAGUACGGCGUCAGUGUCGGUGCCUCAGCCUUCGGCAGGCAGUCCUACGGUAUUGGCUUCACGAACGUCCGCUGUACCGGCCGCGAGACUCGCUUCAGAGACUGCCCCCAUGCCAUCAGCAUGACUUACUGCCCCAGUAGGAAGUACGCCUCGGCGGCCUGCUCCAACACCAACCCCCGGUCAGGAUACACCAUGACCAUACAAAGCACGUACCAGGGCCGCAUCACGAUCCGUCACAUGGGCAUCAAUGGCUACAUUUGCCCCGACGGGUUCGACGACAGAGAGGCCAUGGUGAUUUGCCGAGAAAAGGGAUUUACCGGCGGCUUUGCUUACACCUACUACCACCGAUACUACUCCUUCUACUCUAGUUCAACAAUGAGAUGGUUAUCUAAUAUCAACUGUGAUGGCACAGAAACCUACCUCUCCAACUGUGCUGGCGUUAGGUUCGGCGACACUGCUAACUGUUCUUCCAGCGGGGACGCGGCCGUCUACUGCUACCAAACUAGUGGAAACAAGACAGGGUCUGCAGGUCGGGUUGAGCUGAGCGUGGACGGGUCCUGGGGUACCAUGUGCACAUUAUACUCCGGAACAUACUACACAGACAAGAACGCCGAUGUUAUCUGCCGCAUGCUCAACUACACAACAGGUCGUCACAUGGGUCUGGGAUCAUUCGGCCCCGGCAGUGGUCCUGUCUAUCUUAGUCGUCUGUACUGCCAAGGAACGGAGAGAUCUAUCUCACAGUGUACGUCUUUGUGGAGGCAGAGCUACUAUGGCUGUUCUAACCACCAGAAGGAUAACGAUGUCAUGUGUUACGACAACGUCCGUCUUAUGGGAGCCGCCACCGUCAACUACGGCCGUGUCGAAGUGUACAGGAACAACCAAUGGUCCGCCGUCUGUGACCACAAUUUCGACAACGCUGCUGCCCGCGUUGUUUGCAGGAAACUAGGUUACGCUGACGGCAAGGCUCAGUGCUGCAACGCAGUCGGGAAUGUCGACGCCUCCAGCAUCACCGUCACCGUCAACGGUUGCUCUGGCUCUGAAUCAGACCUCCUCAGCUGUAACCUUGCGUUUGGCAGCUGCACUACCGGCAAAUACGCCACCGUCUACUGCUCCUACAACAGCAUAAACGCUAACGAUUUGGUUGUCCGUCUUCGAGACAGCUCCAAGGACUAUGGCUCCAUUGAGGUCAAUCGGUAUGGAUUCUGGGGACCUGUUUGCAACGUUGGCUGGAACAACAAAGACGCCGAUGUUGCAUGCCGCUCCAUGGGAUUUGUUGGUGGCGUUUCCUUCAGUGGCCAAAUCUACUCAUCGGCUCCCAUGUUGGUUGGGAAGUUCAACUGUCAAGGUCGAGAGGGUAAUUUGACCAGCUGUACCUACAGUGACCUUGACGACAAAGUUGACCUCGGUUGCAACUCCCUGACGAGUAGUUAUAGACAAAGCGCUGGAGUCCUCUGCUAUACCAAUGAAAACGGCGCCUCAGUGAGGUUGGCUGAUGGAGGGUCGAACUACGGUCGUGUUGAGAUCAACUACAAUGGCGUGUGGGGCGUGUAUGCGGCCUGCUACAACGGCACUGCCGCUACCACCUUCACGUGGUCGCUGGCUGACGGCAACAACUACACUGGCGAGGUGAACGUCAACUACAUGAACAUGGUGGGUCGUAUCUGCACUGAUGACUGGGACGACAAGGACGCCACCGUGGCGUGUAAAGAACUGGGGUUCACCAAGGGCAAGGCCUACACCCACUACAAAUACUCCUACUACGCCGACAACGGCCCCUUCUGGACGUCUAAGAUGAACUGCGCCGGCACAGAGAGCCGUCUAUCAGAUUGCUCCCGAACACAGCUGGGUCAAGUGGCGUCUUGUCAGAACUCCCACUCUGCUGGUGUGCUGUGCGGAGACAAUGUUGGUAUUUACUACAGUCUCUCCGGGGGAGGCGCUGAGAACGCAGGUCGAGUGGAAGUGUCUGUCAAUGGCGUGUUGGGUUCAGUAUGCCGCUCCUACUUCGACAGCAGGGAGGCUACGGUCAUGUGUAGAAGCCUUGGCUAUAAUACGGGCGUGGUAGAUUACUACACCAAGUACCCCAACGCCACCGGUCCCGUGUACCAGAGUAACUUCCAGUGUACAGGCAACGAGGGAUCAUUGUCCGAGUGCCCACAUCAGGGGUGGAAGGUAGCCACCAGUAGAUACUGCUUGAACCACAACUACGACGCUGCCAUCACCUGCUACGGAGACGUCAAACUGGCUUCUGGAUUCUCCCCGGACAUCAAGCAAGGCCCUGUUCAGGUUUGGAAGAACAACACUUGGCACUACGUGUGCGACACCAACUUUGAUGACCUGACCGCUAAGACUGUGUGUAGAAGUCUUGGCUUUGUUGAUGGGAAGGCCUUGUGCUGCUCGGCCUAUGGAUCGAAAUAUGUCAGGUACUCCUACUACGGCAACGGCCUCGGCAGCUUCCUACCCAACACGACGAUGAAUUGUGACGGCACCCAGUCUGAUCCGAUGACGUGCCUCGCACCCGGCACCUGCUCCCAGGACUAUGCAUCUGUCGUCUGCUUCAACACCUCAGACAGAGUCGAAGAAACCUACACACUGGGGUUUGAUGACUCCACGUCGGACAGUGGUCAGAUCGCUGUGCAGCACUAUGACGUGAAAGUCGGAUUUGCAACACGUUCUGGACCGACACGGAGGCCACGGUCUUCUGUAAAGGCCUGCACUACGACAAUGGUAUCGCCUACCACCACUCUGUCCAAUACAACUAUCAACCCCUCCGAUCACGUGGUCCCUUCUGGCUCAGCGCCGUGAUGCACCGGAAGUGAAACGUCGUUGACAGACUGCGCCUACAACGACAGGAUGAGUCUUGGGAACUGCAGCUCCGCCGACAUCGCUUCAGCUAUCUGCUUCAACGGUGACAAAAGUAUCCAGUACCGCAUGGUGGCGCCCGAUGGUACACAGCAGAACUACGGUCGGGUGGAGAUGUCUGUGGGCGGUGUGUGGGGAACAGUCUGCGACAGGUACUUUGACAACCGCGAGGCCGGCGUCUUCUGUCGGCAGAAGGGAUACAAGGACGGCUACGCCAUCCCAAACGCCUUCUACGGCCAGGGAAGUGGCCCCAUGUGGCUGAGUGGCCUCCAGUGUGUCGGCACCGAACCCAGUCUUCACAGCUGUCCCCACUCUGGCUACAACAGCGAGGUCGUCUCCGGCUACAGCUACUGGUCGUGCCAGAGUCAUCGCGAUGACGUCUCCGUUUUCUGUGUCGACAAUGUGAGGCUCAACACCGGCCUCAACUCCUCCAUGGGCGCUGUUGAGGUGUACGCCAACAACAAAUGGAACGCCGUGUGCGACAGUGGCUUUGACGGGAACGCCGCUCGGGUGGUCUGUAGGACAAUGGGCUUCACCUUUGGCGUCAACAUUGGUGGUUCUCUGUUCGGCAUCACCGACGGGCCGAUCGCCAUUAGCCAGGUGACGUGCAAUGGUCGGGAGGCCAACUUCAAACAGUGUUCAACAACAUCAUCAACAAGCUGCAAAAGUGGCACCUACGCCUCUGUGGUGUGUUCCAGCGACCCCAUAACUGAUAGUGGCUUCCUUCCUCGGCUCGUUGCUGACGACAUAGUUGACGACACCCACGGGUUUCUGGAAGUAAGAAUCAACGGCAUCUGGGGCAGCGUCUGCGGCUCCGGCUUCGACGACCGUGCAGCUAACAUCGCCUGUAAACAGUUGAACUUCAAAGGUGGCGUUGCCUACUCGCCCGCCAUAUACAACCCCUUCCACAGUACAGGUCAGCAUAUCAUCAGCGAGAAACGCCCCAUCUUGAUGACCGACGUGGUCUGCAAUGGCAAUGAGGACAGUCUGGCAAAGUGUGCCUACAAGUCCCGCAGCACCACCAAGUGGUGUGACUACUACGCCCCGAGAGCUGGACUGCUUUGUUACAGGAACUCAGGAAUACAGUAUCGCUUGGUGAGCGCUGCAGGUGACAGUCCUCUGCAAGGCCGUAUUGAAAUGAAGUAUGACAACCAAUGGGGCACCAUCUGUGACGCGUCCGUCUCCUCCAACACAGCCAAGGUGGCCUGCAAGAGUCUCGGCCACGUGGAUGGACUCCCAGUGUCCAGUGCCGGCUACAAAGUCGCCAAUGACAACAGGCCGAUAUGGUUCCAUUACUUUAAAUGCUAUGGAAAUGAGACUACUCUCCCUACCUGCAUGAACGACGGCUUCGAUUCGUCCCUGUCAGUCUACAGCUACUGGUGGUCGUAUUAUUGUAAAAACAUUGGACCGUCAUCCGCCAAGUGCUAUAACAAGGAGAUCAAGGUAACAAACGUACGUCUUGUUGACGGCUCAACCAACAACACUGGGAGGGUGGAAGUAUUCCUUCAGGGACCAGACAAAUGGGGCACCGUCUGUGACGACUUAUGGGAUGACAGAGACGCCACCGUUGUGUGCAUGAUGUUUGGAUAUGCCAAGGGCAAGGCCAUAACCAAAGCCCUUUACGGCCAGGGUAAGGGGCCGAUCUGGAUGGACAAUCUUGGCUGCAGGGGGAAUGAAUCUCACCUACAGGACUGUCCAUUUAAUGGUUUUGCGAUACAGAACUGUCGCCACACGGAGGAUGCCGGUGUAGAGUGUUCAGGAGUCCUAACAACGACUCCAAGCGUUCCGGUGGGAGGUCCAGUUACUCAGAAAAUCUCCAACAACUCGCCCCCAGCAGCCGCCAUUGCCGCCCCUAUCGUCUGCGCUCUGGUCAUCGCCGCUGCCGUCUGUGGCUUCCUGUACUACAGACGCCGGUACAAAAACAAGGACAACCUGACCAAGGGACUUGUGCCUGACAUCCCAGCCAGUACCUCGAGGGGGGGAUUCGGAGUGUCACUCGGGGGAGCCUCCGCCUUCUUUUCCAAGUCUACUAAUGAUGCAGAUGUAUCUGGAGUGAGCAAUCCCAAUUAUGACAAUGUUUCACCCGACGGAUCUGAUAUGACACAUGCAGAUGCAAGCAAUGCAUAACAUUUUCGUUAUCCUAUUGGUUAACUCGUCGAGACGAAGACCGGGUUCCAUUCCCCCACAUGGAUACAAUUUGUGAUACCCAUUUCUGGUGUCCUCCGGCUUGAUAUUGCUGGAAUAUAGCUCACUCACUCACUCACUCACUCACUCACUCUCUAAGAAUUUGGUAAUAUGCCAACGGGUUCAGACAUACCCAGGGGAGAACGAAGUUGUUGAUGGAUGUGUUGGAGCUGUGUGAUGUACAUGGUUAGAGCAUAUAACAUCUAUUUUGACCAUUAAUGAAAUACCUUUACACCAGCACUAUUUCUUUGUUCAUGAGACUUUUGUACACAUAUGUUUUCUUAAUCAUUUUGCCACGAUGUAUUUCAUGCAAUUUUGAUUGAGACUAUACGGCAAAUGAAUGGUAUAUUACACUUUAAAUUUUAGAAUUAUAUCUGAGAUAUUUCUCCACAUCUUGAUGAAAUAUUGUUUAAUGUAUAUAUGUAUUUGUAAAUUUAUAUAAAAUAUAUAUUUGAACGACUUUAUGAAUGGUAAUAAUUUAUAUUUCCAUAAUUCAUUUCAAAUAAUGUUGUUUGUGUUGUUUAAUUAUUUAAUAAACUAAUUUGAUCUCUU